UUCCAAUCAGAAAAAAAUCAACUCGCAUUCUCUGCCAAAAUAUGUGCUUUGUUUGACAACCCCCAAGAAAUGGGUGGGUGGCCUCGUUCGCAGUUAGGUUCCCCGUCUAUAAUGCAAAUUGUUCAAUUCUUGCAAGAGUUCUAGGUGAUUAUAGAGCUAUUUAAACUAAAAAUCGCAGCAAACAGAAUGCCAUUAAAGGUGACCAACAGCUUACGAACAAUCGGCCUGGCUCGGUCCCUCUGGCAGCUACAAAACCAUCGCUCAUUCUAUACCAGCGAUCGGCUAGAUUUCGACUUCACACCGAUAACGAAAGCCAGACGGGAAUUUUCACAGAAAAAACUAGCAGGGUAUUCCAUGGACCAGCUGUAUAGCGUUGUUGCUGACGUCGAAAAUUACUACACCUUCGUGCCAUUCUGCAAAAAAUCAUUCGUUUACGCCAAAAAGCCUGGCUCGCUCAAGGCCGACCUCAUUAUAGGUUUUCCACCGCUCAAUGAAAGCUACACCUCAAACGUGACCCUGGUGAGACCAUCGCUGAUCAGGGCCGAAUGUCGCGAUGGACGUUUGUUCAACUACCUGCUGAACGAAUGGAAGUUCAGUCCCGGCUUAAAAGACAUCCCCAUGUCUUGUGUGAUCGAUUUCAUGGUGGCAUUCGAGUUCAAAUCUUUGCUACAUUCACAACUGUCAAACCUUUUUUUCGACCAGAUUGUUCUACAGAUGGAGUACGCGUUUAUACAGGAAGCGGGAAAACGUUUCGGACCGCCAUCGAUUAGAAGUCACGUGCUCAUGGUUAAUAAAUCCUGACAGCGGUCCUGUUGAGGGUCGUUCCGGGAGGGGUGGGAAAAAAGGUAAAGAAGAACUACUAUAGAAUUAUUCUAUACGACGUUACGCAGAAAUCAAUCUUUCCGUGUCAAAGGAAAUGGAAACUGUCGGCCGACGGUUAACAACAUGCUUCCAAGCCAUCACCUUCAAUGCUGAAGUUAAUAUUAAUUUAUUUGGUUAGCCAGUCAUCAAACGAAGAGAGAAUAACCAGAGAGGGAGGCCAGACCGUUUUCGAUUGAAUAGUUAACAUCAGGCGUCGAAGGCAAGAAACGGAAAGUGUUUUAUUCAAGGUUUAUAUCAGUUUAGCUAGCAUGAACACUAGAGCACAUUGAAAAGGAAAAAGUUAUUGUUAUGUUUCGACCCGUUUUAAAUCGGUUAUUUUUAUAAUUGUUAGGUAUUUGAGUCAGUUCCAUUUGGAACAAGUGCGCCACAUGGCUACUGAAUUGUAAAGAGAUCAGUUAGAGGAUAUUCGUGUUUUGUUACAUAGGACUUUUCCAAAUAGAACGACUGUAAUGGUUCCAUCACUGUUGGAUAGGAUGUCAUAAAAUUGGGAACUAUACACAGUUGUUCUAUACAUGCCCAGCAGAGACCGCCCCGUUAAGUUUCAUUUGCCUUUUAACGUCUAUUCAAUCGAACGAAUCGUUAACGUGUAGCUGAAAAUUGUGUAAUGAAAUACAGAGAAUGGAACCGAAAAAGGAAAACUAAUACAUGAUAACCAAGUGGAA